GACUUGUUUUUUGACGUCACUGACGUGCGACGGCGCUGCUGCAGAGAUGGAAAGAUGCAGGAGGGAAAGAAAAGGGAGAGAAAAGAAACGAUGGCACUCUGAUCGAGAACACAGCGAUGGAGAGAUGAAGAGGAGGAAUACUGAGUCCAGCUCGGAGGAGCCGGCGGUCCCUCAGGAGCCCAGUGAUCUGGAGGAGGGAGGACUGGACCUGAACAAGAUCUUCAGACCCAUCAGCUCCUACAUGCAGGACCGCAAGGAGAUGCUGGAGCAGUGUUUGCAUGUGCUGGGAGAGAAUAAACUCAAACACAUGCUUCCGGACGAACUGAAGGACUGUUCGUUUAGUGAGAUUAAGGAUCUGUGCUGGGAUCAGCUGCAGCAGCUCUCUGAGAUUCAUCUGCUGGAGAUUCUGGAGGGUAAAGAGUUAUCAGCCGAACCUGAAGAUAAAAUCCUUCCUGACAGUCAGCAGGACAGUAACGUGGACUCCACUUCAUCUCUGAGAGAAAACCCUGAAACAGAAGAAAAACAAAGCACAGGUUCAGGAGAAGACAGUGACGUUCUCAGCAUCAACGCAGACAUUGACGACAGUGACAUCGAGGGUCAUAAAGCGGUCAAAGCUGAAGAACCGGCGCUCGGAGAGGAAGCUGUGCCUCAGCCGGACGAGCCCAAAGCAGAGCUCCAGCACGACAUCGACAGAAGCGUGAGUGAAAUCCUGGCUCCGGCGUCUGGCUCUGAACACAACGAUCUGAGGGAAGAGUCGCUGGAAAAACCAGCCGCUCCAGAAACAGAGAAGCAGCCGUCGACUCAGCAGCUGGAGCUACUGGAGCUGGAGAUGAGAGCCAGAGCCAUCAAAGCGCUCAUGAAAGCCAGCGAGAUCAAGAAACACACCAACCGCUGAUCAUUCAGCUCUAAACUACACAAUCACUCCAAAUAUUCCUGUUUGCAACACACUUUUAGUUCAUAAUAUUUCAGCAAAUUCAGAAAAUGGUUGAUUUUGAUAUAAUAAAAUGUUGUUUUUUUUUUGUUUUUUAAGUGAAGAAAAAUUACACAUUUUUCAAAAUAUGUAUAACAAUAAAGUAGUUACUUUGCCAUCCUUUUUUCCUAAAUGUUUAUUAUGUUAAAAUAAUUUGUUUAACGACUUACGAGCAAACAGUUCAACAUACAGAAUUAGCAACAUUAGAAAUUAAAAACAGAAAACAGUAAAAAUAUUAAUCUUGCGUUUUGAUGAAAACUGUAACACAUCACUGACUAAUAAUUGUUUGCGCCUUGUGCUAUUUAGAUAAUUUGAAGGCGUGUAGGUUUGGAGUUCACCGACUACCUUUAGUAACCUUUAAAAUGAUCUGCCAGGUUUGAUUAGAAAACACAUGAAUGUAAAAAUAUCCAUCCAUUCAUCUUGAACACCCCGUUAUUUUUAAGUGAAAAUAAAAAUAAAUAGAAUCUCAUUUGCUGAGGCCA